AUGCCCGGCAUGACGAUUCCUUGCCGCGCCCUGGUCGCCGCCGCGCUGCUGCGGGCCGCUCCCGCGAUGAAGCUCGUGGAGGACCCGGCGGGCCGCCAGUACGGCGCGGGGCGUCCGCAGACGACUGCUGCGCCGACAGCGUUCCCGACGCAGGCGCCGACGCCCGAGCCGACGCCCGAGCCGACCUACGUGAUGGAGCUCCCGGGGGUGCCCUGCCUUUGCCACAAGCCAGCCUGCUUCGAGAGGUACGACCUCAACAACGACACCUGCAUCACCCAGGACGAGUGCGACGUGCAGUCUCCGCUGCUGGGGAACUGCACCACGGUGCCCGCCUCCUACGGGCCCACGGCGUGGGACCUGGACGGGGACGGCUGCAUCAAUCCAGUGGGAGAUCAUCUACGACAUGAACGCUACUGA